UACCUACUGCCAACUGCUGGACACUCACAACACCAAAAAAAGAGGACACUGCAAGCGAGAGGUGAAGCAUCUCAAAAUGCAAAAGAAGAGACGCGGUCGGUGGGACUCGAACCCACAGCCUUCCGAUGAUCUUUUACUCGUAAAAGUCGGACGCUCUGACCAAAUUGAGCUACGAAAGCAACCGCUGUUGGAUGACGAUUCCCGCUCACAUUGGGGCUUAGGUAUUGUUUGCUGUAGACUGGUGGAGCCCUCCAAUGGGUCCGUCCCGGUCAAGUCCGUCGGCCGAGAAGCCGGUGUCUUUGUUCGUUCUGCUGUUGACUCAUCUCUUCAAGUGACACCAGAGUUUGGGCUCUUUGUCAACCAAUCUCGUUGCUCGGAACAAGGUGAAAGUGGCAAGCUGUUAGCUCGUUUGUUGGUGGGCUGGAAAUCCUCCCUUGCAGGAGCUUGCAGAACACUAGCAUCCAUGAGCUUGGGUGCGAAGCCAGGACAUCAGCAACAACCACUUGGAUCGAUAGCUCAGUGGCCCCGCGUUCGAAUCGCGGUCGGUCCUUACAUUGCCUUUUGUUAUUUGCUGCAGAUUGACGGUGGGCAGAAGACAGGAAGCGGAGAGUUUGCCAUGUUUUUGUGUGUGCGUCUCCGCAAAUGGGACUCGCUUCGCAUGCAUUUUGGGGUUGUUGUCCACUUGGAGUUGAGCUAGGAGGGUCCACCAAUUAUGUAAAUGACUCGGUGAGACCUCUUGACCAUAACUAGAGCGGGUAUGAAUGAAGUAGAAGCAGACUACCACAAGCAAUGAUAAAAUGUGCUAUAGUUAUGU